GAAUUAAAGUCACGAAACAAACGUUGACUUGGAAUUUAGCAUGAUGUGAAUCACGAAGAUUUGCACGAAAGUAAGAUGUCGUAAAUUUGAGUCAAGCGUAACGUCUUAUAAUUAUACCAACUUACGAGGUGAGCGAGAGCGGUGGAAGAAAAACCCACUCAUAAUAAUAAAACCCUUUUCAGCUUUUCGUUUCUGUAGUUUCAUUUUGAACGUUUCGGUUUCGUAACCGGGUCGGAAAAUCGCAUUUCUUCCAAAACAAGUAUUUCUGUUUCUGCGGUGAGCUUUUUGGUUUCGCUCCUUCAUCCUCUCAGAACUUGAAUCGCUCUGAAAAUAAUUUCAUGUCACGUGGUGAGGGGCAUGUGGAAUGAUAAUUUUGACGGCAUGGACGAAGAAUUGGAGAUUGGUGAAGGUGUGCAAGUGCAACAUCAGAACAAGGAUGAUGGCUAUUCACUAAACCCUGAAUUCCGCGGAAUAUUAAAACCCCAAGAAUAUGAUGAAAUUCCAGAAGAUAAGAAUAUGGCUGAAAGAAGGGAACAUUUGCAUCCAGGUCUAUUUUCUGAUGGCGAUGGUGGUGUCAUGGUUGAAGAGUUAAUGGUGAAAAGUUGCAACGGUUCUACCCUAGAAAUCGGUACUUUGAACGGUCCAGGGUCUUUGCAUGAUAGCCGCAGUCCAUGGCGGCAUAAUUGUCAGCCGUUUGCUGAUUCGCGUGUGGGAAGGGAUUGCAUUAUAGCUAGAAAGAGUGUUCAAGCUACAUCUAGUGCUUGGGAAGAUUUUGGGCCCAUGUCUUCCCGAGACAUAUUAGCUAGAAAAUCAGUCAAUUACGAUCAUGGCAAUGUCGUGCAGCACUUGUCCGCUGAUGACCACACAGCUGAGCAAAAGGAGGAUGAAGGUGAUGCUCGCGAAGUAAUGCAAACAAAAACUGCACACAAAUCAGGAUUUUCAGAGUAUUUUAGUAGAAGUACAUUGAAGGGAAAGGGUAUUGUAUGUAAAGGUCCAUCUUCUAAUGGUUUGAAUGUCGUGUCCAGAGAUCAGAACCUGAUGAAGUCUGGCAUUGAUAUUCAGAUGGAUUCUAAUGCAUUCCCGAGCUCCGAUUUAAAGAUUGCAAAGUCUCCUCAUAAUGCUACUGUGCCAAGAUUUGGUGGGUUUGACACUGAUGGUGUGAUUUUGAGAGAAUGGUUGAAAUCUAGGCACCACGAAGGAAGCAAAACAGAGCAUUUAAGUAUAUUCAGAAAAAUUGCAGACUUGGUUGGCGGUUUUCAUUCUCAGGGAGUUGCAAUGCACAAUCUGUACCCUUCUUAUAUUAAAUUGCUACCAUCCAACCAUGUUAUGCAUCUUGGGUUGCCAACUCAGAAACACAAAUUAGAUAGUGUUGCGAAUUCUGAAGUUCUUCAGCUAGAGACUUCCCUUAUUAGAAAAAGGCUGUCGGAGAAAGUAAAAUCUUCCUCUCAUAAUUUGCGGAUGAAGAAACAGAAGUUCGGUGACAAUGUUAGAGUUGCAGGUGAUAAGAAUCAGUGCCCUCCUAUGACUGACUUGUAUCAUCAAAUUGCCAAUGAUGUUAAAGUCAAUGCAGUGGUAUCACAAGAUCAUUGCAAUGAAUACAAGGAAGAUAUCCAAUUUUCUAAGCAUAAUAUUAGGAGACCGUCUCGCCUCCCUCACAUAUCUAAUGCAGGUCAAUUCCAAUUGACUUCCUCAAACGAAGGAUUGGAAGAAGAAUGGUAUACAAGUCCCGAGGGUGGUUGCACAAUAUUAUCAAAUAUCUACUGUCUGGGGGUCCUUUUUUUUGAGUUAUUUAAUCAUUUCGAUUCAGAACGAACACAUACUGCUGCAAUGUCUGCUCUUCGUGGUAGGAUUCUUCCCUCAGCUUUCCUAUCAGAGUAUCCUAAGGAAGCUGCAUUUUGCCUUAGGAUGCUGCAUCCUGAACCAUCAUCACGUCCAACAAUAAGGGAGAUUCUACAAUCUGACGUGAUAAAUGGAACAAAAGUGGUGGACUGUGAGGAAUUACUCUCAAGUCUUAACCAAUAUGACGCAGAAUCAGAAUUGCUAUUGCAUUUCCUCAUCUCUCUGAAAGAGCAGAAACACGUGGAUGCCCACAAAUUGACUGAGGAAAUCAGAUGCAUGGAAUCAGAUAUAAAAGAGGUGGAAAGAAGGCAUGAUUUGAGACUAUCCUUGGCUUCCUCGAGCUUGAAGAACAACUCGUCCUGUGGAAUAGAGGGUGUAUCUCUUCUCAAAGAAGCUUCAAGUGCAGAAAUAUUACCACCAGUAUACACAGUUUCUAAAGAAAAUGAACUGAGACUGAUGAAAAAUAUGUGCCUACUUGAAAAUGCUUACUUUUCUAUGAGAUCUACAAUUAAGCUUCCUGGAACAGAAACAGCAACCCGCCCAGAUAAAGAUGUGCUGAGAAAUUCUGACAACUUCUGUGUAGCUCAAAAAGAAAUGGAAAAACAUACAGAUACUUUAGGAGCUUUCUUUGACGGUUUGUGCAAGUAUGCGCGUUAUCAAAAGUUUGAAGUGCGGGGCAUACUAAGAACUGCUGAUUUUAACAAUCCAGUAAAUGUAAUCUGUUCUCUGAGUUUUGAUAGAGAUGGAGACUACUUUGCUGCUGCUGGGAUAUCGAAGAAAAUAAAAGUUUUUCAGUUCGAUGCAAUUUUCAAUAACUCUGUCGACAUCCAUUAUCCUGUAGUUGAGAUGGUAAACAAAUCAAGGCUAAGUUGUGUUUGCUGGAAUAGCUACGUCCAGAACUAUCUUGCCUCCACAGACUAUGAUGGUGUAGUUAAGCUAUGGGAUGCCAAUACAGGUCAAGAGUUUUCUCGACUCACCGAACAUGAAAAGAGGUCCUGGUCUGUUGAUUUCUCUAUUGUAUGCCCUACUAAAUUUGCCAGUGGGAGUGAUGACUGUUCUUUGAAACUGUGGAGUAUCAAUGAGAAAAACAGUUUAGGCACAAUAAGGAAUGUCGCUAAUGUCUGUUGUGUUCAGUUCUCUGCUCAUUCAUCUCAUAUGCUGGCCUUUGGAUCCGCGGAUAAUUCGGCUUAUUGCUAUGAUCUUCGCUUUCUUAGAACCCCUUGGUGUGUUUUGAGUGGCCAUCGUAAAUCUGUAAGUUUUGUCAAAUUCUUGGACUCUGAAACACUAGUUUCUGCAUCAACCGAUAAUACCUUGAAGAUCUGGGAUCUCAAUAGAACCUCUCCUGUGGGUCGGUCAACUAGUGCUUGCAGCUUAACUCUGACUGGACAUACCAAUGAGAAGAAUUUUGUGGGUUUAUCAGUUGCUGAUGGAUAUAUAACAUGUGGUUCAGAAACAAAUGAGGUCUAUGCCUACUAUAAAUCUUUUCCCAUGCCAGUCACUUCGCACAAGUUCGGGUCCAUUGAUCCUGUUUCUGGUAAAGAGACUGAUGAUAACUAUAGUCAAUUUGUUUCAAGUGUGUGUUGGAGAGGGAAAUCAGACAUGCUUAUUGCAGCUAAUACAAGUGGAUGUAUAAAAGUUUUACAGAUGGUUUGAGGGGAAGCUUGCCCUUGAUAAGGGCACCCUUACUGUUUGUACAGUCAUAAUAUAUAGUUUUAGUGUUUCACCCUUGUCACUCAAGUCAAUGCCAUCAAUUUUCUCGCAGUUCAUCUAAAAUUCUGUUGACGGCACGACUUCUCGUAAUUCAGGCAUAAUUAUGAAGAGAAAAAGUCACAAUAUUAACCAAGAUGUUCGGUCUGGCUUUUGUGGAAAAGGCUUGUUACACAAAGAAAGUCGAGGAGGAUGAAUCUAAAAAAAGGAAGCAGAUUCAUUGUGAAAAGAUUAACAUUUCAGAAUGGACAUGGCAGGAGUUUCUACCAACUUUUAGAUUCAAGAUUAAACUCCAUAUCUCUGCACGAAGUAUGAAGUGUAUGUAGGUUGAAAGCAGCUUCACUAACAGACAGUUUUCGAAGAAAAACCAUCUUGAAUUUCCCCCGGUGUUUAGUCAAUGACGUAUACUAUUUGGAUCUAUUGCGGCCAAAUUCAUCACUUCAUCCAACAAAUAAAUCUUGGGCCGUGUUGCUAAAUUUUUUUACUAGAACUUAUGCAUUUUAAUUCAAUUUUUAUUAAUUAAAUUAGAAUAGGUUGAGUUACAAGUUGUAUUUUUUGCUAAAA